GUCAGAGUCUCUGCUGUUCAUCCAGGAGCCCAGCGUAGGGGGUCCUCCAUCCCCUGGCGGCUACUUUCCUCAUUCACCCACCCUGCCAACUCCAUGAUGGUCCUGUGGGGCCCUGUGGCCCCCUGGUUAGCAGCUCUGACGGUGUUGCUGAGCAGAGGGAUCCAGGGUGGGGCCCCUCCAGAGAACCACCUGCUGCGCGCGCUGCACGAGUGCUAUGCGGAGAAGAACGGGACGCAGCAGCGCUACAUCAUGAGAUGCAUCUUCGACCGUGAGGAGUUCAUGCGCUUCGACAGCGCCGAGGGCGAGUUCCGCGCACUCACCGCCAUGGGGCGGCCGUGGGCCGAGUCCUGGAACAGCCAGAAGGACUACAUGGAGCGACGGAGGGCCGAGGUGGACACGGUGUGCAGACACAACUAUGAGCUGAACCAAGGUUUCACCGUGAAGCGCCGAGUCCAGCCUAGGGUACAAGUGUCACCCUCCAAGAAGGUCACCCUGCAGCACCAUGACCUGCUGGUCUGCCAUGUGACAGAUUUCUACCCAGGCAGCAUUCAAGUCCGCUGGUUCCGGAACAACCAGGAGGAGACGGUGGGGGUCGUGUCCACCAACCUGAUCCGAAACGGGGACUGGACCUUCCAGAUCCUGGUCAUGCUGGAGAUGACCCCACAGCGGGGAGACGUCUACACCUGCCAUGUGGAGCACCCCAGCCUGCAGAGCCCCAUCACUGUGGAGUGGAAGGUCGGGUCUGACUCUGCCCGAAACAAGAUGCUGACGGGAAUGUGUGGCCUGGUGCUGGGACUCCUCUUCCUGGGGUCAGGCAUCAUCAUGCACCUGAGGAGCAAGAGGGCUCAGCCGAGAUCUCCAGGAUCGACAUGAGCAGCCCAGCCCACUUCCUGUCUGCUCUCUAGUUCCUGACUGCCGCGGCAGUGAGACCCGCUGCCUCGUGCUAUUACCCCGCCUCUUCCACCACGAUGAACUGAAUUCCUUGGAACUGUGAGCCAUGAUAAACCCCUCCUCCCUCACCAGCUUCUUGUCAGGGUUCUGGGCACAGCAGCGAGAAAAGGAACUGAUAGAAACACUGAGGCAAAGAAUACCUAAGAUUUAAGAACUCAGUUCCUGGGGCUGGAGAGACGGCUCAGGGGCUAAAAGUACUUAACUGCUAAUGCAGAGGACUUAGUUCAAAUCUCAGCACCACAUCAGGCAAAUGACAACCACCUGUAACUCCAGCUCCAGGCGAUCCACCCUCUGGCUUCCACAAUCGGCUGCGUGCACUUGGUGCACAUAAACACUCUCUCUCUCUCUCUCUCUCUCUCUCUCUCUCUCUCUCUCUCUCUCUCUCUCUCACACACACACACACACACACACACACACACACACACUUUAAAAGAACACUCCUCUGUACUUCAGAGUCUCCUUGACAUAUCCUCUGAGGUCAAGGAGCUUUGCCUGAACCCUAGGAUGAGAUGAACCCCAAGAUCCUUCUCCUAGGUCUGUUGCAGCACCAGUGUCUGGGGACACUUCACACUGUGGUCAAAACAUUUUAGACAAAAGGUAAUACUGAUGGAGGCAGAUGCAGAGAUCCACGGCCAGGCACCAGGCUGAGCUUCAGGAAUCCAAUCAUUGAGAGAGAGG